GGGAGUUCUAGGAGCUUCAGUUCUUCCCGAGCGCGCCGGUCGGGCUCCCAGUCUUCACUCGGCUCCUGCCCUCAUUGUUCAGCAGCUCAAUUGUUUCUCAAGCAGCAAACCUUUUCUUCAAGAAGUCCUCUCUCUGCAAAACCCUAAAGCUCAGUCACCAAAAUGGAAUCGGCUACAAUGGAGAUGCCCUCUGUGCUGUCUAAUGGGUCAUCAGAGAGCUGUGCAGCAGUGGAUACAACAGUUGAGAACACACUGUUUGGAUGCUUCUACAUCCUGGUUUUCUUUCUGGCGCUGAACGGUAACAGCCUUGCUCUCUGGAUCUUCUCUCACCAGCGUGGCGCUUCCUCUCCAGCUAACGUCUUCUUGAUUCAUCUGGCCGUGGCAGACUUAUCCUAUGUGAUCAUCCUCCCGCUGAGGGCCACCUACCACCUCGCUGGAGGCCACUGGCCCUUUGGCGAGGUGCCCUGCAGGGUGGCGGGCUUUUUGUUUUAUGUCAACAUGUACGCCAGCCUGUACUUCCUGGCCUGCGUGGCGGGGGAUCGCUACCUGGCUGUGGUUCACGCUGUGAGGUCGCUAAAGGUUCGUCGUGCUCGCUACGCUCACAUCAUCAGCUUCUCUCUAUGGACCCUGGUUACCAUCUCCAUGGCGCCACUGCUUAUCACCCACCAGACUGCGGAUGUGGACGGCGUGACAGUGUGUCUGCAGCUGUACAGAGAGAAGGCCUCGCGCAAUGCACUGAUCUCACUGGCUGUGGCCUUUACACCACCUUUCCUCGCCACCCUGGCCUGUUACCUGCUCAUCAUUUACAGCCUGCAUUGGGGCUCCAGGUUAGAGCCGACCCUCAAGCUGAGGGCCCUGCGCACCAUUGGUCUGGUCAUGCUUAUCUAUGUUGUCUGUUUCCUGCCUUAUCAUGUGAGCAGGGCCACUUUCAUCCUGGGCUACAGCCAUCCUGACGUCUCCUGUCAGGCACGCAGAGGCCUGAGCCUGGCCAACCGCCUCACCUCCUCCCUCACCUGCCUGAACGGCGCCAUGGACCCGCUGAUCUACCUGUUUGGAGCGGAGAAGUUCCGCGGCACUCUAAUGCGAUUGUUUUGCAAAGAUCAGGCGAGGCUGUCAGGAGCCACCAGCGGAGAGUUAAAGGGAACGCACGAGAGCUCUGUGAGUGCCAAGUCUGAGUUUUGAGGAAGAGAAAUUUUAUCUGGAGCGCUGUUUGAUAUAGAUGCAUUUCCAACACACAACUAAAAUUGGUCUGACUAUUAAUUGACUGUUGCCUUUGCCAGACUGAAGAUGGCUCAUUCCACAAUGUGGGUGGUGUGCCACUGUAGCCCCCAUAGCUUGAAUUUUAGGCCCAGUUCCAGUGUCCACCCUACACCCCUUUCACCCUCACAUACAUUAACUGACAUCACCUGUUUGUGUGUGUGUGUGCAGGAGAGUGCAAGGACUCCAAACGUCAUAUGAGGACUAGGACAGCAUUUUGUGAACUCACGUUAUCUGGACAGGGGCAUCCUGUUCAUAUUCAUUCAUACGUGAUGUAAUUAAUUGAUGACAAAGUUGUUUCCUCACUGUUUAAAAGCAAAAUGAUACCUUUGGACCAAAUCAACAUAUUUGAAAGUCACUAUCACGCCAUUAUAAGACAAAUAAUAAAGUCACCCGAGAACCGUCAACCACUAGCCCCCUCCUUCAAAGUCUGUGAGACUAGGAGGCUCCAGUCGCCUGGGACCUCCACAACCAGGAAGUUGUGGAGUCUACUGUUUCCACAGGCUUCUGAUUUUUGUGUCAAACACCGAUGUUCAAAUAUUUACAUAAACUUUUGAUUUAAACUUUUAAUGUAUAUUUCCUGUCAUUAGUUUGUAUCCUACGCCAAAUGUAAUAAAUACUUUUUUAUUCAAGGUGUUUUUAGCCAAUGCUAGCAGCUCUGGCAAUGUCAGGUCGGUCUGCUGGUCGGUACAGCUUAAAAUAUCUCAACAACUACUGGAUGGAUUGCCAAAAGAAAUACAGAUAUCCAUGAUUACUGGAGGAUGAAUUGGAAUUACUUUAGUGACUUUUUCUGUUACUAGCAGGUCUUUGGUUUAUGACCAAUUACUCGCAAAAUGUGUGUUAAGUGCUAAUUAGCUAAUUAGCUAGUUUGCAGAUGGUUGUGGAUGGUAUAUAACUGCCUAAUGCUCAAUAUAUAAGCUGAUUGUAUUGGUGUCUUUGGUCCAAACUGAAAUAUCUCUUGGUACCAACAUGUUCCCCUCAGAAUAACUUGUAAUUGCAUGACCAAUAGGCUACCUGCAAAACCAAUGCCAUUGCUAUCAGCCUCAGCUGCAUUGCUAAUUAACAAAUAUUAGCAUGCCAAUGGUAAGCAUCAUUCCUGCUAAACAUCAGCAUGUUAGCAUUGUUGUUGUGAGCAUUUAAGCAUCCUGAUGUUAGCAUUUAGCUCAAAGCACCAGAGAGCUGCUAGCAUGGCUGUAUUCUUGAUCUUGUUUUAGUAUGGCUGAAUAAGUUCAGCCACUUACAAAUGUAUUUACAUGACAUUUUUGAAUUGCUGGAAGAUACCAGUAUCAUGUUUACUUUGCUUUUGCUAGACAAAUCUUAAUUGUACAUAUAUACUUCAUUAUCUAGCUCCUUAACUAUCUAUUGUAUGCAUUCGUUGUUUUGUCCACAUUAUUUUUAUGCUAUUGCACUAUUGCAUGACAAACUAUUAAUCCUAUUUUACUGUGAGUCAGUUUGGCUUGAUGUCAUCUGCAGAAUAAGUGAUAUUUGAGACAGAAAGACACGAUUCACACAGCUUAGUAAAAUGUCAGUUUUAAAUGUAAUUUGUGACUUCAAAUUGUAAAUAAUAACGUAGUAAAGAUGAUCUCACAUCCUCUGUGCGUGAGAUGAUGUCUUGUCUAAACUGCCAUUGCAUAUCUGAGACUUUGUGAAAGUGGGAAACCUAUUUAUACAAACCUUGAAACCUAUUUCAAGCGCAGGACAGAAACCUCCGAGGCUGCAGUGACUUGUCAGAGUGUAGUUCUCUUUUUGUAUCAUGUGACCCAUGUUGUGGUUUGUGAGCAGCUUUUUUUCCUCCUCUUAUUUCUGCAAGACUUCCUGUCCAUCACAUGAACAUGGCAAACCAUUCUUGUAUUUCCUGAAUGUAUAUAUUUUCAAUAAACCUCUAGCUCUCCUGA